ACUGUAUUACUAUACUAAGUGGAUUUACUAGUUUGCUGAGAGUAAAAAAUAAGCAAGAAAGAAAAAGAAUACCUCAAGAUAAGUCUUCUGUCAGUAAAUGUUUGGAAAUGAUCAGAAGAAGAGAGCUAGCUAGUUAAAAAGGAAUACUUUUCAGAGAGGGUAUAGUGACCAGUAGAAGGAAUGAGACUGAAACAUGUAAAAGUGAAAAUAAAUUGCAGUUUAUUUUAGAAACCUUGUCUUGUUACUGUACUCAGACACCUGGAGAGAAGGUAAGUAUUUGAAAUCGUGUACUUGCUUAUCAGUCAUUGCUCAGCAGAGAGGACAGUAGCCCCCCAAAGCCUCGUCGGCGCAUGUGAGACCUGGGUGGUUCCACUAUGGGGCAGGAAAAGCACAAAGCUUACAGUGCUGACAGGUGGUGUGGGAGCCACAGGGAGGGUGCAGUUGCACUCAUACCAGAAUGUGCUCGUUUUCUCUUUGCUAAUGAUUUUUCCAACCCACCAAACUUGUGUGGUUACCAUGGAUUUAGCUGUGUCAGAUAAAUACCUUCCAUAUUCUGUUUAGAGUAAUCCAGACAGCCUUAUUUCUUACAUGCUCUCUCAAGAUCACUUUAUGAAGGUGGGGAAACUGCUGACUGUGCAGUGUUGCAGAUUUGCAUGUGGAUAGCUGAAAAAGGCCCUACCAACCCAGUGCUCAAGCCAGCCUUUUUUCAGCAUGGCAACAGUUUGGUUUAGUCCAGGGAACAGUAGGUGAUACACUAUAUAUAAUGUUAUGCUUAAUUUCUGAGUAAGGAUUUUGUGUUUCUGUUUGGCUUGGCGUUGUCAAAGUGACUGGUUGACCCUAGGAGGUUACAUUUCGUAUAUUAAAAAAAAGUCUUAAUGUUAUAUUCUGCAUUUGGGAUUCUUGUGAUGUCAGCCAGGAGACUGAAAUGAAGAUUAUUUAAAAAGUGCCUUUACCCAGAUUGUUUAUGUUUCUUUGACGGAUGCAUUGCUGCUAUAAUUUAAAUUGGGUUUAAAGACAGUAACUCUGUGAGCUGAGAUGAAAUGAAGUUUAAAGAGGAAACCCUCUGCAAACAUGUCAAAAGAGUGCAGGUUAAAUUCCAGGUCUUUGUUUUGGUUUUGUUUCCUUCAUAUGUGUAAUUGAAUAACAGGGAAAUAGCGACCAGUUCUAGAUCUAGACUGAAAUAUUAGUUGUUCAAAUAUAGUGGUCAACAAGGGGAAGAAGGGGACAAGAAAAGUACUUGUAAGUGGGCAUUGAAGGAUAACCACAAAUUCAAGGAAGCAUUUCCCCAUUUUUCUCUGUUGUGUUACUUAAAUUGCCAUCUGUUUUUUAAUAAGACACGUUAGAUAUUUUGCAUAAUUUAAAAUAAGAAGUGUGGUUAUCUGAAAUUUUGUUUAUUUUAGAUGUAAAAUGCAUGCUGAUUAAGUUAUAGUAGAUGGAUAACUCAGGAAUCAUUUGUUGCUAGAAAGGAGAAAACAUGGGAAAAUAUUAUUUUAGGAAGAAGAAAGUAUUUUCAGUUAAUGGUUGACCUGAGUGAUAGCGAAGAAGAUGCAAAUCAUCAUCUUUUACUAAGUGACAUGAGUUCAGAUCUGUGAAAUCUGAAUGUUCGAUUUGAUCUCAAGAAGAAUAUAUUUCAAAAGUAGAAACUUCAGUGUAAGUAAGAUUCCACCAUUAGUGUAGUGCAAGAGGGCUUAACUCUAGAAAAGAUGUCUGUUAUACACUACUAUCACAUUGUCACUCGAGCAUCUGUUGUGUGCCACUACAAUGCUUUCAUUGGCUGGUAUAGAAUCAUAGAAUGGUUUGGGUUGGAAGGGACCUCAAAGAUCAUCUAGUUCCAACCCACCUGCCAUGGGCAGGGACACCCUUCACUAGACCACGUUGCCCAAAGCCCCAUCCAACCUGGCCUUGAACACUUCCAGGCAGGGGGCAUCCACUGCUUCUCUGGGCAACCUGUUCCAGUGCCUCACCACCAUCAUAGAGAAGAAUUUCUUCCUAAUAACUGAUCUAAAUUGACCCUCCUUCAGCUUGAGGCCAUUACCUUUUGUGCUAUUCCUGCAAGCCCUUGUAAACAGUCCCUCUCCAGCUUUCCUGUAGGUCCCCCGUCAGGUCCUGGAAGGCAGCUAUAAAGUCUUCCUGAAGCCUUCUCUUCUCCAGGCUGUCCUCACAGGAGAGGUGCUCCAGCCCUCAGAUCAUCUUUGUGGCCCUCCUCUGGACUUGCUCCAACAGGUCCAUGUCUUUCCUGUGCUGAGGACUUCAGAGCUGGAUGCAGUAUUCCAGGUAAUGUCUGUACAUGAAUUGCAAGCUAGUUUCUAGUGGGGACACCGUGGGAGGAUGAACACUGAGGAGCUGGAGCUACUGACUGAUUCCAAGUACAGAAACUAUGUAGCAGCUGUUGACAAAGCACUGAAGAACUUUGAAUAUUCCAGUGAAUGGGCAGAUUUGAUAUCAGCACUUGGAAAGCUAAACAAGGUACUACAGAACAAUGCGAAGUACCAGGUAGUACCGAAAAAGCUGACUAUAGGCAAGCGCUUAGCACAAUGUCUUCAUCCAGCUUUGCCAGGAGGGGUUCAUCGGAAGGCACUUGAAACAUAUGAAAUAAUUUUCAAAAUCAUUGGGCCCAAGCGUUUGGCCAAAGAUCUUUUCCUCUACAGUUCUGGACUAUUUCCACUCCUUGCCAAUGCUGCUAUGUCUGUCAAGCCAACACUAUUGAGUCUGUAUGAGAUUUAUUACCUCCCUUUGGGGAAAACAUUGAAACCAGGAUUGCAAGGACUGUUAACUGGGAUUUUGCCUGGGUUAGAGGAGGGGUCAGAGUACUAUGAAAGAACGAACACGUUGUUGGAGAAGGUUGCCUCGGCUGUGGAUCAGUCGGCGUUCUACAGCGCUCUCUGGGGUAGCCUUCUCACAAGCCCUGCAGUUCGCUUGCCUGGGAUCACCUAUGUCCUCUCCCAUUUGAACAGGAAGCUUUCAAUGGAGGAUCAACUCUACAUAAUUGGCAGUGACAUUGAAUUAAUGGUGGAAGCAGUAAGCACAUCAGUGCAAGAUACCAGUGUUUUAGUACAGAGGAGCACAUUGGACCUUAUCCUUUUUUGUUUUCCUUUCCACAUGAGCCAGGCAACACGUCCAGACAUGAUCAGAAUUUUGUCAGCAGCCCUUCAUGUAGUACUGCGCAGGGAUAUGUCACUCAACCGAAGGCUUUAUGCAUGGCUUCUAGGUUUUGAUAACAAUGGUGCCCUUAUAGGACCCAGAAGUACAAGGCACAGCAAUCCUGAGGAGCAUGCCACUUACUAUUUCAACACCUUCUCUAAGGAGAUGUUAGUCCAGGCAAUGGUUGGAAUAUUACAAGUUAACGGGCUUGGAGAAGAAAGCACAUUAAUGCAAGACUUAAAGCCUUUUCGAAUUCUUAUCAGUUUGCUGGAUAAGCCUGAACUAGGCCCUGCCAUCCUAGAGGAUGUAUUGAUUGAAGUGUUUCGAACAUUAUAUACACAGUGCAAAGCAGAACUGGAGCUUCAGGCAGAACCUUCUUUCAACAAAGAGCACACACAGCUAAGCAGCAAACUGAGAGAAAACAAGAAAACAGCAGAAUUGAUUAAAACUGCCAAUCUUCUCUUUAAUUCCUUUGAGCCUUAUUAUAUGUGGGAUUAUAUUGCUCGUUGGUUUGAAGAAUGUUGUAGGAGAACAUUACAUGCCAGACUUCAAACUGGGCCUGGAGGUGGUUGUGAACAAUCAGAGUUACCUCUGACAAAUUUCUGCUUGUUAGUGGAUUUUUUGUUGGAUAUAGUUUCUUUGCCUACUAGAAGUAUGAGAGUGCUGUGUCAGGAGACUUACAUUGAAAUACAGACAGAACACCUGCCUCAGCUGUUGCUCAGGAUGAUUUCUGCGUUGACGAGCCAUCUUCAUACUUUGCACUUGUCUGAGCUUACUGAUUCUCUCAGACUCUGCUCGAAGAUCCUUAGUAAGGUUCAACCUCCGUUGCUAUCUGCUGGUACAGAUGGUAUCCUGCAGCUUCCUAGUGGACACAGCAGCUCCAUCAAGGAAUGGGAAAAUAAAAAGGUGCCAUCAGUUUCACUUGAAAAUCCUAACGAUGUGUUUGAAGAUGGUGAAAAUCCUCCAAGCAGUCGAUCAUCAGAAAGUGGAUUCACUGAGUUUGUACAAUACCAGGCAGAUACAACUGAUGACAUUGAUAGAGCACUGAAUGAAGGUCACGGUGCACCUGGCAUUCCUAUUAUUGGUAGCACAUCCUCUGAGACUGAGACAGCAUCUACUGUGGGAUCUGAGGAAACCAUUGUACAGCCUCCUUCCAUAAUGACACAGGGGACAGCAACUCGAAGUGGGAAAACAAUCCAAAAGACUGCAAUGCAGUGCUGUUUGGAGUAUGUCCAGCAGUUUUUAACCCGAUUUAUCAACCUGUAUAUCAUUCAGAGUAAUUCCUUGUCUCAGCCCUUAGGGGCAGAGCUUCCAGUAGACCCCUCUAGAGAGCAAGGACAGAACACAAAAUGGGACAGAGAAUCACAAGCUGAUGCUAAGGUGAAGAAAACAAACAAGAAAAAAACACUGAAAGAAUACCUUCCUGCCUUUAUUGCUGCUUGUCAGCUGUAUCUUGAAUGUUCAAGCUUUCCCGUUUACAUUGCUGAAGGAAACCGUACUUCGGAAUUACAUCCUGGGAAGCCUGAAGUUGACUGUGAACAAGUACAGCCUCCACUGUGGCUACAGACUUUAAUGAAUGCUUGCAAGCAACCGAGCGAUUUCAGUGUUCAGGGCGUUACUAUUUCCCUUGUGAUGGACUUGGUUGGAUUGACUCAAUCUGUUGCUCUCGUCACUGGAGAAAAUCUGAACAGUGUGGAAACUGCUCAACCUCUUAGCCCUAACCAGGGAAGAGUGGCUGUGGUCAUCAGACCUCCUCUUACUCCAGGCAAUCUGAGAUAUAUGGCUGAAAAGACAGAUUUUUUCAAGCAUAUAGCUUUAACUCUUUGGGACCAGUUGGGUGAUGGAACUCCUCAGCAUCAUCAGAAGAGCGUGGAGCUCUUCUAUCAGCUGCACAACCUCGUUCCAUCUUCUAGCAUUUGUGAAGAUGUUAUUAGUCAGCAGCUGACUCACAGAGACAAGGCAAUAAGAAUGGAAGCUCAUGCAAAGUUUGCAGUGCUAUGGCAUCUCACCCGUGACCUUCAUAUUAACAAGUCGUCUUCCUUUGGCCGUACCUUUGACAGAUCUUUGUUUAUUAUGCUGGACAGCCUUAAUAGCUUGGAUGGUUCUACAUGGUCAGUGGGACAAGCCUGGUUAAAUCAAGUGCUUCAAAGACAUGAUAUUGCAAGGGUUCUUGAACCUUUGCUUCUACUGCUUCUCCAUCCAAAAACUCAGCGAGUUUCUGUUCAGCGAGUACAGGCUGAAUGUUACUGGACUAAAUCUCCCUAUCACCCUGAAGAAGAAAAUGAAAAGCACUUUAUGCAGAAGUUUAGCUGUGCUGAUGCAUUUUCCCAUGUGCCUGUAAGCCAAGGACAACUUAUUAUACCUAAAGAAGGCAAUGAAAAACAACUUGCUAUGGAUGAAAUGGAGAACUUCAGCCUGACUGUCAACCCUCUGAGUGACAGGCUUUCCUUGUUAAGUACCAGCAGUGAGACCAUACCAAUGGUUGUGUCUGAUUUUGACCUUCCUGACCAUCAAGUUGAAAUACUGCAGAGUUCUGACUCUGGCUGUUCUCAGUCAUCUACGGGAGACAACAUCAGUUAUGAAGUGGAGACAGAAAGCUUGAGUGCUCAAGAUAGCUCUCAGACUCUGAGAGAAGACUCGCCUGAUGAAAUUGUGCAGCAAGUGGUUACAGAUCUUAUAUGCAAAGUCGUAAGUGAUCUCGGAGAAGAGCUUGAACCAGUUAAACAUAAUCCACACUCUGAGGAUACUUCAUGUAAAUUCAGUCCUUUGGAUAACUCUGUAGAGGUGACAAAAAAUGGAGAUCAAAAUAUUCAAAGUAGCCAGAGUAGUUUGCUUAGUAAUGACAGCUCCCAAUUGCUGUCGGCCUCAACUGAGACUGGACUUGAGAGCUUGAGAGAUGAAAUUUCAAGAAAUAACUCUUCACCCUGUAUUGCAGAAAGCCAGCAAUCCCUCUCUGAUCUCACUCUUGCUUCCACUGAAUCAAAGUCCAGAAAACGAAGCCAGAGUAGUAUUCAGUUCAGCUUUAAAGGAAAGCUACCAGAAAAAAUGUCAGAAAAAGAAACAAUUGUUAAAGAGGCUGGUAAGCAGCCAGGUGCAAAACCUAAGGUGAAAAUAGCCAAAAAGAAAGAUGAAGAGAAGAAGAAAGCACAAACAGAAAAGUUUAAGCAAACAAACGUCUUCUUUAGUGAUGGUCUUGAUUUAGAAAACUGGUACAGCUGUGGAGAAGGAGAAAUUUCAGAAAUAGAAAGUGAUGUGGGGUCCCCAGGAAUGCGCAAAUCUCCCAACUUUAAUAUCCAUCCAUUGUAUCAACACGUGCUGCUUUAUCUCCAGCUGUAUGACUCUUCAAGGACAUUGUAUGCUUUUUCUGCAAUUAAAGCAAUUCUGAAGACAAAUCCUUCAGCUUUUGUAAGUGCUAUCUCCACUACCAGUGUCAACAAUGCAUACACUCCUCAGCUUUCAUUGCUCCAGAAUCUUCUAGCCAGGCAUCGAAUAUCUGUUAUGGGCAAGGAUUUCUAUAGUCACAUCCCAGUUGAUUCUAACCACAAUUUUCGGAGCUCUAUGUACAUAGAAAUUCUUAUCUCCUUGUGUUUAUACUAUAUGCGGAGCCACUAUCCAACUCACGUUAAAGUAACCUCACAAGAUCUACUAGGAAACCGUAAUAUGCAAAUGAUGAGUAUAGAAAUUCUGACACUUCUCUUUGCUGAAUUGGCAAAAGUGAUAGAAAGCUCUGCAAAGGGCUUUCCUAGUUUUAUUUCAGACAUGUUGUCCAAGUGCAAGGUUCAGAAAGUGAUCCUGCAUUGCCUGCUAUCUUCUAUCUUCAGUGCACAGAAAUGGCACAGUGAGAAAAUGGCUGGAAAAAACAUAGUGGCUGUGGAAGAAGGUUUCUCUGAAGACAGCCUUAUAAAUUUUUCUGAAGAUGAGUUUGACAAUGGUAGUACUCUGCAGUCACAGCUUUUAAAAGUACUUCAACGACUGAUUGUGCUGGAACACAGAGUAAUGACAGUGCCUGAGGAAAAUGAAACGGGCUUUGACUUUGUCAUAACGGACUUGGAGCACCUUGGUCCCCAGCAGCCGAUGACUUCUCUUCAGUAUUUACAUUCCCAGCCAAUAACCUGCCAAGGCAUGUUUCUCUGCGCAGUGAUACGAGCUUUACACCAGCACUGUGCCUGUAAAAUGCAUCCCCAGUGGAUUGGCCUUAUCACUUCUACGUUGCCUUACAUGGGAAAAGUUCUUCAAAGGGUGGUGGUUUCAGUGACUCUUCAACUCUGCAGGAACUUGGAUAAUUUAAUUCAGCAGUAUAAAUAUGAAACAGGAUUAUCUGAUAAUAGGCCUCUCUGGAUGGCAUCAGUCACUCCCCCAGAUAUGGUUCUUACUUUACUAGAAGGGAUCACAACAAUAAUUCAUUACUGCCUCCUGGAUCCAUCUACACAAUAUCAUCAGCUUUUGGUUAAUGUAGAUCAGAAGCACUUGAUUGAAGCACGCAAUGGGAUCCUAUCUAUCUUGCAUAUGAUCAUGUCUUCCGUGACUUUGCUGUGGAGCAUCCUUCACCUUGCAGAUUCUUCGGAGAAAACUACUGCUGCUGCUGCAUCCAUUACCACUAUUAAUCUUGGGUCAACAAAGAAUUUGAGGCAGCAGAUUCUUGAACUUUUGGGUCCAAUUUCAAUGAAUCAUGGUGUUCACUUCAUGGCUGCUAUUGCGUUUGUAUGGAAUGAAAGGCGACAGAAUAAAAAUGCUUCUAGGACAAAGGUUAUUCCUACAGCAGGUGAAGAACAACUUCUACUGGUCGAGCUAGUUCGUUCUAUCAGUGUUAUGAGAACGGAGACUGUUAUACAAACAGUGAAAGAAGUUUUGAAGCAGCCUCCUGCCAUAGCAAAGGACAAGAAACAUCUGUCACUGGAAGUCUGCAUGUUGCAGUUUUUCUAUGCUUAUACUCAAAGGAUUCCAGUGACCAGCUUAGUAGAUAGCUGGGCAGCACUGCUACUUCUCUUAAAAGAUUCCAUCCAGGUUGGUCUUCCAGCUCCAGGACAAUUCCUCAUACUUGGUGUUCUUAAUGAGUUCAUUAUGAAAAACCCAAGCCUGGAGAAUAAGAAAGAUCAAAGAGAUCUCCAGGAUGUAACACACAAGAUAGUGGAUGCCAUUGGGGCAAUUGCUGGUUCUUCCUUAGAACAGACUACUUGGCUAAGACGAAACUUAGAAGUUAAGCCUUCCCCCAAGAUUAUGGUUGAUGGAAACAACUUAGAAUCAGAUGUUGAAGAUAUGUUGUCUCCAGCAAUGGAAACUUCAAACAUAACUCCAUCUGUAUAUAGUGUCCAUGCAUUGACCUUACUUUCUGAGGUUUUGGCUCAUCUCUUGGAUAUGGUUUUCUACAGUGAUGAAAAAGAGAGGGUUAUUCCUUUGCUUGUAAAUAUUAUGCACUACGUUGUUCCCUACCUCCGUAAUCACAGUGCUCACAAUGCAUCCAGCUAUCGAGCCUGUGUCCAGUUAUUAAGCAGUCUUAGUGGGUAUCAAUAUACAAGGAGAGCAUGGAAAAAGGAAGCAUUUGACCUCUUCAUGGAUUCCAGUUUCUUCCAGAUGGAUGCUUCGUGUGUUAACCAUUGGAGAGCUAUUAUGGAUAAUUUGAUGACACAUGAUAAAACCACAUUCAGAGAUUUGAUGACACGAGUGGCUGUGGCUCAGAGUAGUUCACUCAAUCUGUUUGCUAACCGAGAUGUAGAGCUGGAACAACGUGCUAUGCUCCUGAAGAGACUUGCUUUUGCAAUUUUUAGUAGUGAGAUAGACCAAUACCAGAAAUACCUUCCAGACAUACAAGAAAGGCUGGUAGAAAGCCUCCGUCUGCCACAGGUGCCCACCCUUCAUUCCCAAGUGUUCCUGUUUUUCAGAGUAUUGCUUUUAAGAAUGUCUCCACAGCACCUUACCUCGCUUUGGCCAACCAUGAUCACUGAACUGGUACAAGUGUUUUUACUGAUGGAACAGGAGCUCACUGCUGAUGAAGACAUUUCCAGAACUUCUGGCCCAUCUGUUGCUGGGCUGGAGACGACGUACACAGGUGGCAAUGGUUUCUCCACAUCCUACAAUAGCCAGAGGUGGUUGAACCUGUACUUGUCUGCUUGCAAAUUUCUGGACUUGGCCCUAGCUUUACCAUCUGAAAACCUGCCUCAGUUUCAGAUGUAUCGUUGGGCUUUUAUUCCAGAAGCAUCAGAUGAUUCAGGCUUGGAAGUACGAAGACAGGGUACACAUCAGAGGGAAUUCAAACCAUAUGUGGUGCGUCUAGCAAAACUGCUGCGAAAAAAAGCAAAGGACAAACAGGAGGACUUUAAGACGGUGGUUUUGGAGGGAUUGGAGAUGGCCAAGCAUCAGAAGAACCCAGAGGAGGACAGCUCAGGGAAAACACUAAGUUGGGAACCAGGUCACUUGCUUUUAACCAUCUACACUGUUCGCAGCAUUGAGCAGCUUUUGCCUUUCUUCAACGUACUCAGCCAAGUUUUUAACAGCAAAGUGACAAGCAGAUGCGUUGGACACUCAGGGAGCCCUGUCCUUUACCCCAACUGCUUUCCAAGUAAGGACAUAAAAAUGGAGAACCUCAAGACCUUCUCCAGCAAAGCAAGACAAAAGAUAGAAGAAAUGGUUGAGAAGGAUUUUCUUGAAGGUGUCAUAAAAACAUGAACCAAACAGUUACUAUUCAGCUUAUAUGUAAUGUAACUAUUUAAAUGAAAUACUGUAUCUUUCCCAGUUGUAUAGUAUUCUUUUCUUACUUUGUAUGUAAUGAAAUACUUCAUGUUGUAUUUAAGUUAAAUAUUUGUAAAUAAGAGAAAAGUUCUGGAUGUGGCCUGAAUCAAGUUUAAAUAUUGGUGGCUCAUAUUGAUUAUGGUGCCUACUAUUUACAGUACAUGUUUUGUUGUCUUGAGUUCUGUCUUUAAAAAAAAACCCUAAAAAAAUACAAGGUGCACAUUUUUUCAA